CCAAAUGAUUCCGAGCGUCUAUUCGCGGAGUAGCGGGGCCUGCUUCGGUUUCUAUAUCGGCCAUGGUGGAUUCGGUGGGGGAUGAGUAGGGAAAGAGCGAUUUUGACGCAAUUUUUGGUGGGUUUUAGAGUGAUUGCUCCGCCUUGCGCUUGAUUGGGAAUUGUUGGAUUGGAUUGGAAUUGGAUUUUGAGUGCAUUUUGAUGUGGGUUUGAAGGGUUUGUCCAGGGGGUUCUUUUCUUGGAGUGAUGGAGCCUCCGAAGGGGUUCUGGGCAACUCUUUGGAGGUUUCUUCGCUUCUUGCCCUUCUUCCUUGGGCUGCUGCUUCUGGGCAUCAUUAAAGGUGCUCUGCUUUGCCCAUUAGUAUGUCUUAUCAUGACAAUUGGAAAUUCUGCAAUCAUUCUGGGUCUCUGGCCAGCACAUGCCGUCUGGACUUAUUACUGUAUAGCAAGAACCAAACAGUUAGGACCUGUCCUAAAGCUUGUCCUUGGCACUGGUAUAUCAGUCAUCUUAGUGUUGUGGCCACUGGCUGGCAUCUCGGGAAGUAUCUUAUUGGGUGCUGGGUAUGGCUUCCUCGCACCAGUAAUGGCUACUUUUGAUGCUGUUGGAGAAGGAAAGACAAAUGAGUUUAUCCAUUGUUUUGUGGAUGGAACAUGGAGUACAAUUAAAGGAUGCUUUACAGUGGUCAGGGACUUGAAAGAUGUAUGCUUUCACUCUUAUUUCUCAAUUAUGGAUGACCUCCGUCUACAUGAUCCUCCAGAUGGGAAACCAUAUGAGAUCAGACUGCACUCUAUUCCUGGUUCUUUUUUAGUUGGUCUACUUGGAAUCAUGAUUGAUGUGCCAGUGAUCACAAUAAUUGCCAUAUGCAAGAGCCCAUACAUGCUCAUCAAAGGAUGGAAUCGGUUGUUUCAUGAUCUCGUAGGCCGAGAGGGACCAUUUCUAGAGACUGCUUGUGUGCCAUUUGCUGGUCUUGCUAUACUCCUCUGGCCAUUAGCAGUUGCAGGAGCAGUUGCAGCCUCCAUCAUGUCAAGUUUUCCACUAGGUGCAUAUGCAGCUGUUGUUGCUUAUCAGGAGUCCUCAAUUCACAUGGGGCUUUGCUACAUCAUUGCUUCCUUGUCUAUGUUUGAUGAAUACAGUAAUGACAUACUUGACUUGCCAGAAGGGUCUUGGUUUCCAAGGCCUCAGUAUCGAAAGAAGGAAUUGUUACAUGCAAGCUCUUUCUCCAGGCCUACCUCUUCUCGUCGGGAAAAACAGGAAGGAAAGAGCCCUCCUUCACGUGCUACAUCGUUCAAAAAUAGCAUCCGCGAAUUGAAGCCAUUCAAGUUACUUGAACACCUAUUCUCGGAGUGUAAGCGCUAUGGUGACAAUUUGGUGUCUGAAGGAGUCAUAACCUUGGAAGAUAUUGAAGAAGCCAGAUCCGGCAAGGGUGGAAGCAGAACAGUAAGCAUAGGUUUGCCAGCAUACUCCAUCCUUCAGGCACUUUUGGAGUCUGCAAAGGCCAAUACAGAUGGUCUAGUGUUGAGUGACAACACACUGAUAACCAUUGAUAAUAGACCGAAAGAUAGAUUUUUUGAUUGGUUCUUUGAUCCUUUAAUGAUCAUCAAGGAGCAGAUCAAGGCUGAGAAAUUUUCAGAAGAGGAAGAGAACUAUUUGUCCAAAUUGGUCUUGUUACUUGGUGAUUCCAAGCGAUUGAAGAAUCUUAAUGCUCAAUCUCCCCAACUAAACGAGCGGAGGCGUGCUGAAAUCAAUGCAUUUGCUAGAAGGCUGCAAGGAAUCACCAAAUCUAUAUCGAGAUAUCCGACGGCCAAACGCCGAUUUGAUGACCUUGUGAAGUCUCUCUCUGAAGAGCUGGAAAAGAAGAUGAGAGGGAGUCAGUCUGUUAAUGGAUCUCCACAGACUCAAAGGUCACGAAGUGGCGCUACCCGGUUGUUUAGCCAAAAGUCGACCGGAAAGAAAGCAAGCAUCCAAGGUGACAAUCAAGGGGCAUAGUUGGCAAUUAUCGGACCACCAGUUGUAUGACGAGGUUGUGUCGUUUGUUUAUUAUCACCAAUACUAUUUGUGUAUGUUCGCCAAUCAAAACCAUUUGGUGUAUCUUUUCAGGAAGCUAAUUUGUAUAUCCAAUGUGAUUAUAUUUGUUUUAUAUUCAUUUAAAUAAUUUUGGUUCUCAAAAUCCUGUAAACUGAACAUGCCGUGGAUGUUUUGGUUCCAGCCUUGAAUCUUGU